AGAAAGGAGAAAAUUUUCCAAAAUUUUUCAAGAUAAUCCCAGACAGAGACGGAGACAGACAAGCAGCCCCCAGCACUCCGCGUAAAGAACUUCCCAAUUGAUAUAGAAAAAGAAAAAUCCCGAAAAAGCAAAGCCCCUUCAGUUGAAUGAAUGCUCCCAUCUCGAUCUACAGACGAUCAUUCUCAUCAGAUCGAAGAUUCCCGCAUUUUGCCUCCAAAUUUAAGCAUCCAAUCCCCUCCAAAUCUCCACUCUCAAGCCCUCUCUGUUUUCUUGGAUUGGUGUUGAAGAUCAUGAGCUUGUGAAUCCUGGAAUAUAAAUAUUCUUAUCGGGGAGUUGAGGGGUUGGCAAUUUAGUGGAAAUGCGGUUAUUUCCGUUGGGCGAGAGCUCGAGCUCAGGCAUGGAAAACGAGCUGAGCGAUAGAGUAAAGAAAAAUCAGGCUUCGUUGUUUCUCAAUGUCUACGACCUCACACCCGCAAACGAUUACCUAUACUGGUUCGGCGUCGGCAUUUUCCAUUCGGGUAUUGAAGUGCAUGGUUUGGAGUAUGGCUUUGGAGCACAUGAGUACUCUUCCAGUGGGGUGUUUGAGGUGGAACCAAGAAGUUGCCCUGGCUUCAUCUUCAGACGGUCAGUAUUGUUAGGUACCACUGAUAUGUCUCGUUCAGAAUUUCGGUCCUUCAUGGAGCAGCUUUCUGCAAAGUAUCAUGGGGACACCUACCAUUUGAUUGCCAAAAAUUGCAACCACUUCACGGAUGAAGUUUGUAACCGACUAACUGGAAAGCCCAUACCAGGAUGGGUAAACCGGCUUGCCCGACUAGGUUCUUUCUGCAAUUGUCUUCUGCCAGAAAACAUUCAGGUUACAGCAGUGAGACAUCUGCCUGAUCAUCCAACACAUUCUGAUGAUGACGGGUCAGAAUCUGCUGCAUCAUUUGCAUCAGCAGAGACUGAAGAUGAGGAACCGAAUCAUCAUCUGCUGGCCACAACAAAUGGUGAUGUGGCUUUUCUAAAGGAAAAACCAGUGAGGUUAGCAAGGGAGCUCAUGUGAAACUCUCCCUCUGUCUCGGGUCUCUCUGUUGUUUGUACUACUAAUGUUUGAUGAGUUCAAGUGUAUCAGUGGACAUAUAUCCACAAAAUUAUUGGCAUUUUCAUUGUAUGUAUGCUGGUAAAAUGUUGAUCCGAGGAAUUGUAUGUAGCCUAUGUUAUUUUGAAACGUA